UCUUCUUCUCUCGCUCUCUCUCUCCUGACCCUGGCUCUGUCACACAAAACUGUCGCCUAAGGUUAUGCCGGCCGGCCAUCUCAUACACAUCGACAUCCACCCGGCACUGUUUCAACGAGCCUUGCCCGCGUUACUCACAGUGUAACUGGUGGCUACUUCUAAAGAGACAGGAGAAAAGGAUGGAGGAUGGCCCGAUUGAGAACCUGCCAGACUUUGUGUGUGUGCUGGUUCAUGGGGGUUACACGGCGAACCCUGAGCUGCCUGCUUGUUGACAAGGUCUCGAUAGAACGGCCCAAAAUGCUCCAUCUGCCUGGUCUCGGGGCCAGGACUACGCUUGACCAGUCCACAAGGGAACGUGUACAUGGCCAUACAUGUCACCUAGGAAACUCUCGCACACGCCUUGCUCUCUCUAUCUCUCUCGUCCACUCCCUCUCCCGCGCUGCUCUCCUCCUGCACAUGCACGAGCGCACAUACACACGCACUAUCAAGAGGUGGCGCACAAAGAAGAUGGCUCGUGUACUCAAGCGUACCCGGUCCACCUAUUGGAGGGGGCAAGGUUUGAGCAGGCACCUCACUAGUGUCCACGGUGUGCCGAUGCAACAACUUUGCUCACACGCCCCGGAGCGGCCGAUCUGGGAUGAUUCUCUUCCGGGAGCUUCGACACCCUGGUAGUGGUGGACAGAGAGCGGCGAGCAGCUUCUCCUACCCCAUGGCACGGGCAGCCUUCUAUCUAUCAGAGUCCUCUCCACAGGAUUUUGAUAAAUAGCUUCACUCUCCCCACAAGAUCUGUGCUGUCAGAACUAACUCGACGAGAAGCAAGAGCUCGACAGUUCUAUUUUGCUCCAAAGAACCUUACAAACUUUGUCUUCCCUCCCUCCCUCACUCGUUUUUUUCGUCUUCUCAUCACUGUCAUCCCGUCGGCUGCCUUUGUUUCCCCCCU